UCGGCUCGGUCAGCUCGAAAUCGGCUCGACUCAACCUGGUCCGCGACCCUGACUCGGUGCGCAUUCGUAUCCAGCUAGGUCUUCGCCAGGGAUCAGCUCCUUCGGACCCGCCCCCGUUCGGGACCCAGCUACGCCGAUCAGCAGCAAAGUUCCAAGCCUUCCGACCCUGGUUAACUCCCAGCAAGGUGUCCCUUCCGCCCUCGGCACGCCAUUUUGGUGUCUGACAUGAAAUCGCAGACCGAUUCCGGUUGGUCUCGGUAUCUUCGGGUCUAGGUCUGCGGCUGGUGAUUCGGGGCUGGUGGAACUAGGGAAUUUGUCAAGGCGAGUGGAUUGCUCUGACCCGACCGAGAGGAGAAGAUUGCUGCGAACAUGGGGACCAUCGGCGGUUUUCUGGUGUGGCUGACGGCGCUCGUGGUCAACUCCUUCCUGAUAGCGGCCCAUAGGGAACACAAGGUGCACAACAUCGUCCUCUACCCCGACAAGCACAGCUGGUGCAAGACCACACCCAUCAAGCAGGUCGUCACCUGGCCUCAGUGUUCCUCCCAAGAGCUGGACAACAACGUCUGCGUCGGGGCGUGCUUCUCCUACAUGGUUCCCCAUAGCGAGCCCUCCGCACCCGGGGACCUGAUCCGGCCUUACUGCGAUUCCUGUCAACCUCUUGACAGCAUCUGGCACACGGUGACCCUGGACUGCAAGGACGAAGAGAACAACCCGGUAACGAUGCAGAAGAAGGUGCAGAUAAUAACGAACUGCUCGUGCAGUUCCUGCAUGGAGACCUCGAGAAUAAAGCCGGACUACAACACCCUACUGCAGUCGCUAGCCAACGAGAACCUGGACAAGAACGUGAACGUCGUCCACGAGACGCCGGAUCUGCUGCUGAACCCCAACCUCAACUCCUCUAAGAACAACUCCCACGACAGGGUCCACGCUAACGAGAGAUUCCUUCAGCUCUUCAAGCAGCUGAAAGGGUCCGAAAAGCUGGACGAGUCCGGAGCUAAGGAGCUGUUCUCCAAGUUCGAGGAGGAGAUCGACCUGGACAAGCUGCGGGAGAUGCUGCAAAAGUACAGCCAGGAGGAGGAACACCCCCUGGUGCACAAACAGGCCCACCACAAUUCCGCUUUACUCCACCGUGGACCCCAUCACUCCAUGGUGAUGGACUCCGGGGUGAAGGAGAAGCUGGACGUGGAGCCACACAAUUUGCAUCCUGCCGUCGCUGGUCAGGAGAUAAGCUACAACGACAACGUCCUUCCGGACAAGAGCAAGAAGAAGGACUUCUGAAGGGGCUUGGGUAUUUCGGAAGGUGCCUGAUCGACCAUGGGGAAGAUGGGAAAGGGUUUUCGGGUGAUCCUUUGACGCUGGACGCCAAAAACCACGCCAAGGACGGACACACAAUGGUCCCUGAAAUUAGCGGAAAUGAAUACGGGAUGCAAGCGUUCUCCAGCGUUCUCCAAUCGACCCUGAGGGACAGCGGAAAGUAGCUGCGGAGAGGAAGAGAAAAAAAUUCUAAUAUAUUUCAUUAUUAUUGUUUAUUAUUUAAGGAAAGACACGAGUCCGCCCUGGCUCCGAGCCUCGGGCUCUGGACCUUGCUAAUUUAUACGGACCCUAUAACCGAGUUUUCCAUUAUAUCUCUUGUUGGCAAUUGAAAUAUAGUAUUCAUGAAGAAAUUAUUUA